CCGCACUUCACCGCAUCCUCGGCGCUUGAUCCGGCGACAGAGGCCACCACCGCGCGCACGCUGGUGGCGAGCGGGGUGUAAUAUAGCAGCAAGAGAAUGGGGAGUUGUGUGGCACGACGGAGGCAUUGGGGGCUCGGAGCAGGGCCGGGCAGGGAACAAACCGCUCCUAAGUCCAGCCAGACUGCUCACUUCCUGUCUAUAGGCUGGGUGUUAAGGUAUUUCAUUUCGGGCCGACAAGUGCCGGAUUGUGCGCCGGCGGACGCGAACAACAGCCAGAUUAUAUCACACAACAGAGCGGCACUCUGUGUCAUGCCGCUCUUGUGUUAUUACAUACUCGGAUGAUAAUGAGCACAGGCGGGACUGAGCUUGGGUGUCGGGCCAAAAUCAACACGGACUCUGACAGCGGACAUUCAGAGCCCUCUGUUAGCACAAGAAAAAAUAAUGUUUCGCUGAAAAAAGAGCUGCUUGUUGACUUGGCUGAUCUUAAAUUUGAGCACUGUUCAGUCCAGAGAUUAUAAAUUUGUCAUAAAGCAUUGCACUGAGCUUUGGAAAAGUGCAAGAAAAAGUUUCAUGAGGCUGAGUCUUGUUCUUCAAAUGCACAAUACACAAGGGCCUGUUUGUCUGCGCUCGUAAAAAAAUGUAAUAAAAUAAUGUUUUUUUGCUAUUUACCUUAGCAAGAAGCACAGUCUCGCGGAGCGUUAAUUUCUAUUGACCACUUCUUGUGUUUCAGUCCCCGCAACACCCACAGCUUCGCACGAGAAAAUACAAAAUUAAUGCCCGCGCGGCUCCUCUGCGAGCCCGCGGCUCUUUGCUGUCUUGUUGUGUCCAUUCACGCUUGUUCCGCACAAGCGCGGCCCGCACAGAGUGUCAGCUGUGCGCGCCCGAUUGUGCAAGCGCUCCCUCCCAGCCCCGUGUUUGCGCACGAGGCAAUGGGCAAACAUUUCCACGCGAUACAGCCUGGCGCUAACAGGCGCGGGCGGCCCGUGGCACAAAACCCCCUUCAGUGCCGAGAUUGUUUUUCGCGGCGAGCGGUCAAUUGAAUACUUUAAUAGUUGCGGGGCGCGUGAAGCAUGCGCACUAUUUCCACAGUGAGCCAUUCUUUGGGCUCUAUUUUGUGGGACAUGGGAUGAGGUGUAGGUGCGAGUGUGAUUUAAUAGGCGUAAUUCAUCUCGCUGCGGGCACGAUCGCAAUAACAAUAAGCAAUGCGGCGGCGCCCGUUGGCUUUUCGCGUUCAUCUCGGCGCACGUCUCGACGCGCGACCACGUCGCCCGGUUAUCACGAUGCAGUGGGACACGUUGGCACCUCAUGUGAACGUGGUGGAGGCAUUCUCGUUCGAACUUAAUGUGGAGCCAAGAGACCGAGGGGCCGGUCUGAUGGUCGCUGCGCGUGAGCGCCGAGCAGGAACGGCUCUGGGCAGCGCCGCGAUUGUGACCGUCACGAGUCCCGGGCAGAGCGGGAGCGACUCGCCACCGAAGAGCGAGGAGGGCGGCCGGGAGAGCGGAGCCGGGGGCGCCCUGGGGACCCCCGAGCGGCGCAAGGGCAGCCUGGCGGACGUGGUGGACUCGCUCAAGCAGAAGAAGCUGGAGGAGCUCACGCGCGGCGACAACCACGAUGCCUCCUGUGUGGAGCAACUUCUGGCCAAGGACUGGAAGGAACGGAUGCUGGGAAUGAGCUCUGGAGAUGUUGCCGCUGAGAUGCAAGGCUCGGCGGAGGGGCUGGCGGAGCGCGAGCACCAGCUCGCCGGGAUGAUCUCCCAGCUGAGCAGCCUGCGCGAGCAGCUCCUGGCCGCCCACGACGAGCAGAAGAAGCUGGCCACCUCGCAGCUCGAGAAGCAGCGGCAACAGAUGGACCUCGCGAGGCAGCAGCAGGAGCAGAUCGCUCGCCAGCAACAGCAGCUCCUGCAGCAGCAACAGAAGAUCAACGUGCUGCAGCAGCAAAUACAGCAGGUCCAGGGUCACAUGUCUCCCCUCAUGAUCCCCAUCUUCCCACAAGACCAGCGGGCACUGGCAGCCAUGACAGCAGCGCAGCAGGGCCUCUUCCUGUCUCCGGGCUUCUCCUACAAACCGGGUGACCCUUUCCACAUGCAGUUUAUCCCGUCAGCCAUGUCUGCCGCAGCCUCCUCGGGACUGAGCCCUCUCCAACUGCAGCAGUUGUACGCGGCCCAGUUGGCAGCCCUGCAGCUCUCCCCGGGAGCCAAGCUGCACGGGGUGCCGCCGUCGGGCCUGCCCGGCUCUCCGUCUGGGCACCCGCAACUCCACGACAAGCCCAAGGGCAGCCCGCCUCCCAAACCCAAGGAAGACUCAUCUCAGCCCUUAAACCUCUCGGCCAAACCCAAAUCUGGUGAGGGUUCCAGGUCCCCCGACAAUGCAGCAUCCUCCCCACCACUGCACAUGUUCAAGUGCAGCAGCGCCAGCCUCCUACGCAAGCCACCGCCCCUGCCCACCACCCUCAGCUCUCCGCCCAGCCGUACGCUUCCCCUUGAUGUGCUGUCGUCGCUGCAACCCACGUCCUUCCUGGGCGAGCAUGAGGGCCUGGGCCGUGGCGGUGCUCACGAGUCGUCGCGCUCCUCCGACGGCAAGCUGUCCCUCGCUGUGGGGAUCAACAACUGCCUCAACGAGAGGGACAAAGUGAUGCUGUCACCUCUGAUGCACCAGCUAUCUGGGAAGGUGGCAGACGACGGCCCUUUCCGCCACAGCAUCAUCGACCUGACAAGUGCAAACGAAGACAUGGAAGGAAGCAACUCCAUGUCGGAUGCAAGAGUUUUCCGCGAGUCAAGGAGCAGAGGGAGCAAUGAACCUCACAUCAAGCGGCCGAUGAACGCGUUCAUGGUCUGGGCAAAGGACGAGAGGCGGAAAAUCCUUCAAGCUUUCCCGGACAUGCACAACUCAAACAUAAGCAAGAUACUAGGCUCACGCUGGAAGAGCAUGUCCAACCAGGAGAAGCAGCCAUAUUACGAGGAACAAGCGCGCCUGAGCAAACUGCACCUGGAGAAGUAUCCCGACUACAAGUACAAGCCUCGCCCCAAACGCACGUGCAUCGUGGACGGGAAGAAGCUCCGCAUAGGCGAGUACAAGGCUCUGAUGCGCAAUCGGCGCCAGGAGAUGAAGCAGUUCUACAAUGUGGGCCCGCAGUCCCAGUUGCCCAUGUCCUCGGCCAGCAUGGUCUACCCUGGCGCCUUCGCCAUGGCCAGCUCGGCACCGUCGCCUCAGAUCUCGGAGCGCUCCAGCGGCUCGGGCAGCCCUCAGUCCGGCCUGCCCCCCCCCGUCUUCGCCAACAUGAGCUACGGCCUGGUGGCACCGGCAGUGCAGCCCAAGGAGGAACUCAAUGGGGACGACAGCGAAAUGUAUGAGUAUGAGGAUGAGGAGGCUGUGGAAUACAGCAGUGGGAAUGAGCAGGAGAGCGAGCACCAUGCCUAGCACGGGCGAGCGAGCGGGCGGGCGGGCGGGCGGGCGGGCGUGGGCGCGUGCCCACGCGGGGCACCGAGAACAAGCGGCAGCCAGUCGUGUGUGCUUCAAACUCCAGAGCCAGCCAGACGACGAUGAACAAUUUAACCCAAUUUUGAACCCCCUUCGUGUACACAGAGAAUAAAAACCCAGCCUUUACAAGCAGGAUCAUGGGCCUAAGGCCUGCGGUAACCAGCCAAAUUAUUUUCUACAAAUUAUUAUUUCUUAAAUGAUGCCCUCUUAUUAAGUUGUGAUUUAAAAAGACAAGAGAUGCGCUGGACAGAAUGUGCACCAAAGCGUUAUCACUCGACGCUCAAAAUAUAUUUCUGCACAGAAAUACAUAUCUAGUGAAUACACACUGUGACUGCAUUAGAAGGAACAUAUCGUAAUGCCAUGACACAAUUAAGUGAUGCAGUAUACACAUUUGAUAUUGUCAAUUCAAAACCUGAUGUGAUUAAAAAGAAGCUUUCAUAAUGAGUGUAUUCCAGGUCUUGCAUGAAAAUAGUGCAGGAAAUAAAGCGACAGCAUGAAUACUGUACAACAAACUAAAGUAUGACCAUAUUAAAUAAAUCAUCGUUUACUGAGCUGAACAUACUUCACCUUUUCAUACAUUUUAAACAAGUCAUAUAGGAGCUUACAGAAAAUAGUGUUGUUAUUGUUCUCCCUCUCUUUCUCAUAGAUUUGCCCAAAGCCUUGAUUGGGCUCGCUGUGGCCCUGUCUGCCAGUUCACCAGUUACCUCUGCAUCAUUAGCUCAGCAAACUAUCUGCCACAUUCCGUAUGUCAUGUCCAUGCGGUGGUUGAGAUGUAAACGCAUGGAGCGCCGCUGUAAAACCUCUUCGUUCUGAAACAGCCCAUGUUCACUGCAGGUUAUCCUCGGCGUAAACAUCACAGCGUAGGAAUGGGACCCGUUCUGAAUAGUGCCGGUACACACGUGUGAUAGUCUCUGCCGGUAUGGUGUACCGUCUAAUUGUACGACCCAAGACGUACAUUAAUAUACUAGUACACAAGAAGUAGUCAUAUUCCGGCUGGUAUGCACAAACUCAAACUCUUAUAGUCACUGAACUUAUAGAAUAUUAGAUUAUUAUAUGCCCUUUGUACUUAUACUUAAGUCUAACAUGGAGUAAUCCAGUUGGUUAAUUCCGGUGUUAAUGUCCACUGAGAUCCAGAAAGCAAAUCCGAAUCACUGCAAAGUAAAAAAGGUUUUGGAGUGUGGUGAGUUGAUGGUCUCAGCACCGAGUCUCCGAGUACUAUACAUAUAUAACUGACAUUUGGUAUUUCGCUUAAUUUUUCCUUGCCCAGCUCUUGACCCGACAGCAAAACACCCCAAAAGCAGCCAUGCCAAGUCGUGCUAUUUGGUGGCUGGACCAGGGAGACCUAUUGAGAGGCAAGCACUAUUGUGCUCUCAUCUGCUUAGGUGAUUCUCAGUCGGUCGACCCAUCACGUGAAACGCACUGCUGAAGGAACCUAAGAACAAAGACGUCUCGUCUCUCAAUAGUGAGACGAGACGGAAAGGCUCGCCUGUUACCUUCCAGCGACGCAGUGUGCUUGAGAUAUUUCGACAUAAUCGCACGUUCUUUAAAUGUCUUCAUUAUUAUCAUUCUCUGGGCAAAGACGUAACUGCUGCCAAAAGGGAGUUCACAACGGUGUUCGCCAUUUGAUCAGGGAUCCGAGUAGUUCAUUCUGGAUAAAAUUACUGGCGAAACGUCGUAUUCAGAUUGUAAAUGCUGUGGCUUGGCUCUCCAACACACCGGUGUGCUGUACUAGCGACGAAUUGGCAUGUUUUGUUCACGUGGCAACCCUUACUAGUUAGCUGAGUCGGGUGGUGGCGGGUUUUAAUGACACAUUUAUAUAUGUACGCAAUCUAACCAAAAAAACCUCUUAUGGAUGAUAUAAGCGACGUAUAACAUUUGGAUUAUGCAAGGUUUCUUGUUUCUUUAUGAAGACUUUCACCAACAUUAUUGGAGGCAGUAAAAAUAUGUUUUGCUCUUGUACAGAUUCACACUCACCGUCCGUAAUAUGCCAAGCUCGUGUAGUCAUAUAAUUUGCUAUGUUACAGUGUUAUUCCAUAAAAGUAACUUUAAAAGACACGCAUACACCCUGGACACACUUGCAAAUGAGAUCUUCCAUCUGAAGGGAUUUUCCAGGUGAAAAUAUUUUAAUUAAUAAAUAAAUCGAAAAUAGCCACACACAAAACAAUGCUGAGAUCGAAACAGGGGCGAAACAAAUAACUACACGCCUCAUGUAUCUAUCGUGUAACGACACUCAUUAUAUAAUGGUAUUGUGUUUCAUGCACACAACAUGUUAAACUCUGGAUAUUGUUUGAAAUUAUCUGUCAACGUAAACAAAUCUAAAAAACAAAUGGAAGGUUUUGUUCCUCCUAUAAUUUUACAAUUCAAGGUGGCAUCUUAGCGUCAGUAAUGGCUUGGGUUUGCCUGUCCAGUGCAUCGUUUGUGGAGAUAGUUUGGCUGAGUGUGCAGGCUAAGGCUUUGUCAAUGUGUUCGGCUUGAUUGUAUUUAAAGAUAUAACUCUUAUCUUUGUAAAGUAUAAAAAUGCAACUUUAGCGGAUAUAUUUCCCAUCUUUGCUCUGGUGCGGUGAGGCUUAUAGAGGAACCAAGUGGAGGUAAAUUUUGCCCUCCGGAUUUCGCACACUGUCACUCAAAUUGUCACCGCUUAGCGGGACGUCUUCUGGUGCCUGCCUUCAAAAAGGGAACAGGCAUACUAAGAUGUCAAGAGUCGGUGCCAACCUGCAGCAACAUGUAACAGUGUUCAUGCCGUUGGUUUAUGUGUUUAGCUAGAAAUCUGGCCGCUUUUGCUCCAUUUUAUUCGCAACAAAUGUGUAACGGAAAAUGUUGGCAAAAGAGCAAAGAAAUAUAUAUAAUGAUUUUAAGUGCCAAAUGACCCCCACUUUAAUGCUGCUCUUCAUACCCAGCAGCAUCAGCAGCAGCUUUCAAGACUGACGAGUCACCACCUAGCGCACGUGGACUGGCUGGAGUGUCGCGCGGAGGGGCCAGAGCCCUCCCCGUUGUUGGUCACGUAGACACACAGGAAGUCGUGGUCUGUUGGUCACACAUACACACACACACAGGAAGUCGUGGUAUGUUGGUCACACACACACACACAGGAGGUCGUGGUAUGUUGGUCACACACACACAGGAAG